AUGGCGGCCCCUCAAGAGGAGACGUUAUUGUCACGCGGCGAGGUCCCCAUCGUCGACUUGGCCCAUAUAGGAACAGAUGGAUGUCCCAUGAAAUCUGUUGUUCGACGCAUCGGAGAGCAACUGUUCGCGGCUCUCAGUGGGAAAGGACUCGCGAUGCUUGUGAACCAUGGUAUCGCUGAGGAGAAGUUAAAGACUGUUUAUGCAGACUUGGACAACUUCUGCUCCUUACCAGAAGGAUGCCAGGCGCAGUACCUCAGGAAUCCGGUCAGCAAUCAUGGCUACGUUCGACCAGGAAUGGAACAAUUCGAUAGCACUAAGAAGGAGUUGCGUCACUUGUACAACAUAACGACGCUGUCGGCGGCGGCCUUCCCAGCUCAGGAGGAUGUACCGGAGUUCUCGCAGCACGCAGUACCGCUGGCUCACGACCUCACCAACCUCUCGCGUGUGCUGCUACAGGCUCUCGCUUACGCUUUGGGGCUAGCGCCGGCGACGCUGCUGGGCUGCCACGCGGGCAUGCUGCGCAGCGACGGCGGCAACAAGUCGAGCAUGCGGCUGCUGUACUACCCGCCCGUGCCGCCCGACGACGAGCCGCACUGGCGCGCGCCCGCCGCCGACUCGCCGCACUACACGCGCUGCGGCGCGCACGCCGACCGCUGCACCUUCACGCUGCUCGCGCAGGACUCCGAGGGCGGCCUUGAGGUGAAGUUGAACGGCAGCGACAAGUGGCAGCCGGUGGGACACCUGCCCGGCGCGAUCCUGGUGCAGACGGGGGAGCUGCUGGCGUCGUGGACGACGAACCUGCUGCCGGCGCUGCUGCACCGCGUGGUGGUGCCGUCGGGCGCGUACGCGCGCGCGCGCGGCCGCCACUGCGUGGCGUUCUUCUGCCUGCCCGACAGCGGCGCCGCGCUGCCGCCGCUGCCCGCGCGCCCGCCCACCGCGCCGCCGCCGCCCGCCUGCCCCGCGCACGCGCACGCGCACCUCACGCUGCACCACCGCCUGCUCAACGCCGCGCACCACCUGCACAAGCGCUUCCGCGAGACCUACGCCUGA